ACUUGGAAGUCACUACCAGCUACGGAUAUCCAGUUCAUCAUGCGCUUCGCUCUACUUGCCGUUCUCCUCAUCGGAGUGAUCUUUGCCUUUGUGUCCGCCGGCGGAGGCGGUGGUGGCGGAGGUGGUGGAGGUGGCCAGGGAAGUUGGCUGAAGAAUGGCGGAGGAGGAGGUGGUGGUGGCCAAGGAGGCUGGCAAAAGGGCGGCGGUGGAGGAGGAGGUGGCAAGCAUGGAGGUGGUGGCGGAGGAGGUGGCAAGCAUGGCGGUGGAAACGGCGGUGGUGGCAAGCACGGCGGCGGCGGCGGUGGCGGUGGAGGUGGUGGAAAGCAUGGAGGCGGCGGGUGGUAAAUACCAAAGAUCCCCAAGCGAACCACAGAAAAUACCACCCGAUACAAACUGAUUUUUUUGGCGACGCUGUCCUACUAAAAACAAAACCUGUCUCGCCUCUUUUCUAUACUCAAUUGUUUUAACGAUGUGUUUUCAUUAUUUCCUUGUUUAAUUUAAAAAUAAACCUAUUUUCCUGCAAUA